UCUCUGACGUAGGCUUUGGGGGCAUUGUUGAAGCAGGGGGAACUAAGCGUGCUGUCAACAGCGUGUACAGAUUUUAAACAUCGAUUUGGGGCUUUAGCUGUGUUUAGGCUUUACUAAAUAGGACACUGAACAUACUUAAAGGGCCACUGUUAGUUAUUGAUUCACUAGUCUUGUAACAAAGCAGACUGCGCGGUAGCCUUUAGUUCCUUAUACUCUACAGAGGCUCACAAAGGAAAUGCGAUCGAUCUGAAACAAUACGACGGAGACAUUUAGAGUCUCCAGAUUGUUCUGAUCUGAAUAUCUGAAGGUCUUCCUUAAAGCCAGGGGAGCGGUCUUUGUUGAAUAAGACAGAUAGAGGCAAAGCUCGCAUCAACAGAUCCUGUCUGAUUUAGACUAAACGCUUUCUUUGAGUGUUUCCGGGCUCACGAGCCACCUUUGUACGUCUCUCGUGAAUAUAAUUAUGCGAAGAAAGAAGUCACCACUAUGGCGAACAUGGUGAAAAAAGACUCUCAGAGACUCUUAUCCUGAAAUGAGAGGACAGCUAACUAGCUUCAGUACAAGUUAGCUCAUGGUUAGCUUAGUGCUAUCAAGUGAAGUCACCUCACUGCUGUGCUAGCUGUCUGAAAGGGACCAGAUAACUGUUAGCGUUCGUAGGAGAAAGUAGUCGACUCUCCACAGAGCAGAUCUCUGAGUCACAAAGGAAGAACUUUCACCUUAAAGUCACUGACGUGUUGAUUUAGUUCCUCUUAGCCAGCAGGCUAAUCAGCUACACGAGCUACAGCUAACCUGAUAGCUUUAGCUCUUCUUGCUGCUUUAGUGACAGAGGAGAGAACUUUGAUUAUUCCUCCUCCAGGAGAAGUAUGGCAGCCCCCACGACAGAGUCCGUGUUUCUGAUAAAGGACGUGAAGCCGGGGUCGAAAAAUUUGAAUAUCGUGUUCAUCGUUUUGGAAAUCGGGAGAGUAACCAAAACAAAAGAUGGUCAUGAGGUGCGCUCUUGCAAGGUGGCGGACAAGAGCGGGAGCAUUGCCAUCUCUGUUUGGGAUGAACUCGGAAGCCUUAUCCAGGCAGGGGACAUCAUCAAGCUGACCAGAGGCUAUGCAUCCAUAUGGAAAGGCUGCUUGACUCUAUACACUGGAAGAGGAGGAGAUUUGCAGAAGAUUGGAGAAUUCUGCAUGGUGUAUUCAGAAGUUCCCAACUUCAGUGAACCAAACCCAGACCUGCUAAACCAAGGAAACCAGCAAAACAAGUCUGGUAAACCAGACGGGAAUCAGAGAGGAAACUCUCCACCCAAUCAGAAUUCAGGUACACCUGCCCCACCAGGUAAUGGUGCCAUGCCCCCUUUUACCAACAAUAACAACAACAAUCCACCCCCUGGUGCUCCUCGGGACCCUUCAUUUGGAGGCAUGGGGCGACCCAACGGCCGCUCACCUGGAAAUGGCGCUCCUCCUGCAACGGCUGGAGGACCCCCGACAUCAGCAAAGUCUUCAGUUACAAUUAGCAACGGCAGGGACCCGCGGCGUGCCAAAAGAUGAAACAUAUGUUAUGGGGGAUGAAGUGAGAUAAUUACGGAUGUCUCCCUUCUUCUUCUUCUUCUUCUUUUUUUUUCUUUCCGUGCCCUCUCCUCAUCAACGCCAGUCUCGGCUUUCAGAAACAAUGAUUGAAAUCGGGGACUUUUUACAUCCUUUUGUCUCACUUUUUUUUUAAUAGCUACCAUAAUCAAUGAAUUGUGGUGUUUCAACAUGCGUAGUGAACUCAGUAAGCAGCACAAUGGGAUUGUGAUCUACCAUUUGACGCACUCUUGGGACUCCUUUUAUAGUCAAGCCUCGUGCUUGAGUUGUCGUCUGCCUUCUCAGUCUUGUCCUCUUAAUCUCACUGCAAAUUGCCAUUUCUGUGCCAGUGUUACCUUCCCAAUACACCCUCCUCGGCCCCUGCCCUCUUAUGUUCUUUGAACUAUACACCCUACUUGAACACUUGAUGCACUUUCUUCUCUUAAUUUAUGUCGGCAUGGUUGCCUGUCGGUUAAAUCAGGAAAACCAUUUCUACUUUUUGGUGGAAAAGGCCUUAAGUUGUUGAAAGUGAGUUCUUUGACUGAAUGCACAAGCGACAUUUCUCUCUUAACCAAACUCUGUCUGAAGUGGCUCUGUGACAGGAAAGGUGUUAGUUUUGAGUUUUUAAUAAAGGCUAGAUAGAUUGAUAUUAGACUUUUUAUUUUUCACAGGACAUGUUUUCUCAUUGCCAUCAAUUGUACCAUAGUCCAGGUGGGACCACUUCAAUUCUGGCGAAACGGUUCACCAAAUGAAUUUUCCGGUAAUUCUGCCACAAUUGCUUUUCUGUAGUGUAUUUUACAGUUGAACACAAGUUACUGGUAAUGUCAAUAAAAUGUAUUUACAUUUGGUUAAAA